AUGGCUGGUGAUGUGGCAUUAAAGUUCAUAAAAAAAUAUAGUCAAGUUUCAAAGAAACCUCUAUUCCGAUCAACAAAAGAUGGCCUACUUUUCUUAGAUACAUUAAGAAAAGACCAUACUAAACCAAUUCUUUCAGCAGUUGAAGAAAUUCUUCAACAACAAGAAAUUGUAACAAACUGUCUUUUUGAUUAUCAGGAAGUUUAUUCAUUAGUUGAGGCAAGUACUUGGAAUCAUGCACAACAAUAUAUUCCUUUUGAAAAUAAGGUCUUGGCUAUUAUGUUAUACUUAGAUGCAACUAUACUUGAUUGUUUAGAGAAAAGUUCAUCACAUCCAAUAUAUAUUAGUUUGGAAAAUAUUCCAACAAAUCUUCAUAAUAGAGUUGAGUCCAAAGCACUUGUUGGUAUCAUACCAAUAUUACAAGAAACAAAGGAAGAAUAG